AUUAUUUCAUCAGCGGUGCUGGGCUGCCGGGUAGAUUCAAAGCCGAAAAAGUGGAAUUUCAUUGGGGUCAGAGCAAUGGAUCCGCAGGCUCUGAGCACAGCAUCAACGGCAAGAGAUUCCCUGUUGAGAUGCAGAUUUACUUCUACAAUCCUGAUGACUUCGACAGUUUUGGAGCAGCAAUUUUAGAAAACCGGAUAAUAGGAGCCAUGGCUGUGUUUUUUCAAGUCAGUCAGCGGGACAAUCCAGCACUGGACCCUAUUAUCCAUGGGUUGAAGGGUGUCGUACAUCAUGAAAAAGAGACCUUUCUGGAUCCCUUUGUACUGAGAGACCUUCUGCCGACAUCACUGGGAAGUUAUUAUCGCUAUACAGGUUCUCUGACAACUCCACCAUGUAGCGAGAUUGUGGAAUGGAUAGUUUUUCGCAGGCCUGUUUCUAUUUCUUAUCACCAGCUGGAGGCGUUCUAUUCCAUAUUUACCACAGAACAGCAAGAUCACGUCAAGUCUGUGGAGUAUCUGAGGAAUAACUUCCGACCGCAGCAGAGUCUGAAUGACAGGGUGGUGUCCAAGUCUGCUGUGAAAGACGCUUGGAGCCAAGAUGUGAUGGACAUCUUAGAAAAUCCAUUUGGCACAGAGGCUUCCAAAGUUUGCAGUACUCCCCCGGUCAACAUGAAAGUGCAGCCUAUGAACAGAACAGCCUUGCUAGUAACUUGGAACCAACCAGAGAUCAUCUACCACCCUCCCAUUAUGAACUACAUGAUCUCCUACAGCUGGACUAAAAAUGAAGAUGAAAAAGAGAAGACUUUCACCAAGGACAGUGACAAGGACCUGAAGACCAUCAUUAGCCAUGUCUCACCUGACAUCCUUUAUCUGUUCAGAGUUCAAGCAGUUUGCCGAAAUGAUAUGCGUAGUGACUUUACUUCAUAACCCAUGUAAAAAUUAUCCUUUUGUUUCCCAGCUAACACUACUCGAAUAUUCGAGGGGACCAGAAUUGUUAAAACAGGAGUGCCUACAGCUUCUCCUGCUUCUUCAGCUGACAUGGCUCCCAUCAGUUCUGGAUCUUCGACCUGGACUUCUUCUGGUCUUCCUUUCUCCUUUGUUUCAAUGGCAACUGGAAUGGGACCUUCAUCCAGUGGAAGCCAAGCAACAGUGGCCUCCGUGGUGACCAGCACAUUGCUUGCCGGCCUUGGGUUUAGUGGUGGCGGUAUUUCCUCCUUUCCUAGCACUGUGUGGCCAGCCCGCCUUCCUAGUGCUGCUUCUACCAGCAAACAGUCAGUUAGGCCGGUGCUUACAACUCCUGAGGCUUUAUCUUCCCCAGGACCGGACAGUGAUUCCGCUCUGACGAAAGACAACGAAGGAGCAGAGGAAGGAGAAAAGGAUGAGAAGAGUGAAAGUGAGGAUGGCGAAAGGGAACAUGAUGAAGAGGGAGAAAAGGAUUCGGAAAAGAAAGAGAAGAGUGCAGCGACAGAGGCUGCCGAGGUACAAAAUAACACUGAGACCACACUAACGACCAUUUCCCCUAACAGAACUGUAGAGGAGGAAGGAAAUAAAACCAUACCUGGUCAAGAGCAAAACAUUUUCCCAACAGAUAAGAGUCCUGAAGAAGAGAGGGUUACUGAAACAGACACUCAGCCCCAACCUGUUCCCUCCACCCAAGUGCCACCAGCAUUCACAAAUGAACAUUAUGAAGGGCAAAUCCCAAAGGGACCAGAGACAACAUCAAGAAAAGCUUUUCCCAAUGACCGCAGGUUUCCAGAGGAAAAUCCAUCCGAUAACAGAUUCAUCACCAUUAACCCAGCAGACAAGAAUAGCUCAAGUAUGGCAACCAGACCUUCUCCUGGCAAAAUGGAAUGGAUCAUCCCUCUGAUUGUGGUGUCGGCCCUGACCUUUUUGUGCCUCAUCCUCCUUCUUGCCGUGCUGGUUUACUGGAGAAAGUGUUUUCAGACGGCUCAUUUCUACGUGGAGGACAGCAGCUCGCCUCGAGUGGUCCCUAAUGAGAGUAUUCCCAUUAUACCUAUCCCAGAUGACAUGGAAGCCAUUCCUGUCAAACAGUUCAUUAAACAUAUCAGUGAGCUCUAUUCUAAUAACCAACAUGGCUUCUCAGAAGACUUUGAGGAAGUGCAACGCUGUACAGCCGACAUGAACAUCACAGCAGAACAUUCCAAUCACCCAGAUAACAAGCACAAGAACAGAUACAUCAACAUUUUAGCAUAUGAUCACAGUCGGGUGAAACUAAGGCCUUCGCCAGGAAAAGAUUCUAAGCACAGUGACUACAUUAAUGCUAAUUAUGUUGAUGGUUACAACAAAGCAAAAGCCUAUAUUGCCACCCAGGGACCUUUAAAGUCUACGUUUGAAGAUUUCUGGAGAAUGAUUUGGGAACAAAAUACUGGAAUCAUUAUCAUGAUUACAAACCUCGUGGAAAAAGGAAGAAGAAAAUGUGAUCAGUACUGGCCGACAGAGAAUAGUGAGGAAUACGGCAACAUUAUAGUCACAUUGAAGAGCACAAAGGUACAUGCCUGCUACACCGUCCGCCGUUUCACAGUCAGGAACACAAAAAUGAAAAAGGGUCAGAAGGGAAACCCCAAAGGGCGACAGAACGAGAGAACAGUUAUUCAGUAUCACUAUACACAAUGGCCUGACAUGGGAGUGCCAGAAUAUGCUCUGCCUGUGCUAACCUUUGUGAGGAGAUCGUCAGCAGCCAGGACCCCGGAAAUGGGACCCGUGCUUGUACACUGCAGUGCUGGUGUGGGCAGAACUGGUACCUACAUUGUGAUCGACAGCAUGCUGCAGCAGAUACAAGACAAGAGCACAGUUAACGUCCUGGGUUUCCUGAAACACAUCAGGACACAGCGCAACUACCUUGUUCAGACAGAGGAGCAGUACAUUUUUAUUCAUGAUGCCUUGCUGGAAGCCAUCCUUGGGAAGGAGACUGAAGUAUCUGCAAACCAGCUGCAUAGUUAUGUUAACAGCAUCCUUAUACCUGGAAUAGGAGGAAAGACACGACUAGAGAAACAAUUCAAGCUGGUUACACAGUGUAAUGCAAAAUAUGUGGAAUGCUUCAGUGCUCAGAAAGACUGCAACAAAGAGAAGAACAGAAACUCAUCAGUUGUGCCCUCUGAACGUGCUAGGGUGGGUCUCGCGCCACUGCCUGGAAUGAAGGGAACUGAUUACAUUAAUGCCUCUUAUAUCAUGGGUUACUACAGGAGCAAUGAGUUCAUCAUAACCCAGCAUCCCCUUCCACAUACAACUAAAGACUUUUGGCGAAUGAUCUGGGAUCAUAAUGCACAGAUCAUUGUCAUGCUGCCAGACAACCAGAGCUUGGCAGAAGAUGAGUUUGUGUACUGGCCAAGUCGUGAGGAAUCCAUGAACUGUGAGGCCUUUACCGUGACCCUUAUCAGCAAAGACAGACUGUGCCUCUCUAAUGAAGAGCAAAUUAUCAUCCAUGACUUUAUCCUUGAAGCUACCCAGGAUGACUACGUUCUGGAAGUACGCCACUUUCAGUGUCCCAAAUGGCCAAACCCAGAUGCUCCCAUAAGCAGUACCUUUGAACUUAUCAAUGUAAUCAAGGAAGAGGCCUUAACAAGGGAUGGCCCCACCAUUGUUCAUGAUGAGUAUGGAGCUGUGUCAGCCGGAACGCUGUGUGCCCUGACCACCCUUUCCCAACAGCUGGAGAAUGAAAAUGCUGUCGAUGUUUUCCAAGUGGCAAAGAUGAUCAAUCUUAUGCGGCCUGGAGUAUUUACAGACAUUGAACAGUACCAGUUUCUUUAUAAAGCAAUGCUAAGCUUGGUGAGCACUAAGGAAAAUGGAAAUGGUCCCAUGACACUGGACAAAAACGGUGCUGUGAUGGCCAAUGAUGAACCGGAUCCUGCAGAAAGCAUGGAGUCUCUUGUCUAAUUGGAAUCUUGAAAAGGCACUUAAUUUGUAGAACUUCUGAAGACUGAGUGAACUUUUUUGAGGCCUUUUUUGCCAGACUCUAGGUUAUACAAUAACCCAAUUACUUUUUUACACUGAUAAAAGUUUUGAUAUUUAUUUUUUGCCAUUUUAUGUCUUAAUGGUAUCCUACUGAGCAUUCGCACCUCUGUUUCUUUCACUCAGUGCACCGCAAUUUUAUCUAGUUUGCACUAUAUGAUCAGUGUUACUGCCUAUAAUACUCUAAUACAAAAGCAAGCCCUGAUGUGACAUUCCAUGACAGCAAACAUGCUACUUUUUAGUUUAAAUACAGUGAAGUUUUGUUAACUACAGUGACCCUUGAAUCUUAAAUCUUGAAUGCUAGACCAGAUGGAUUCUUUCUACAAGAAAUACUGCACCCCGUCAUACUCCUAAUAUUUAUUGCUUUAAUUUUAAUUGUUGUAGGUCUUCUGUAUUCCAGUUCAGUGGAUAAGCAAUAUUCAUCCUUUCUUGAUAAAAUGUGGCAGGUGAUUACUAGCUACAGUGAAGGUAUAAUAGCCUCAUGGAGCUGAAACAAUUGCUUCUGUAUUGUUUCAGAUUCUGCUUUUGUAUACUUUGAGGCCUAAGAAUUGCUUCACGUGGAACAUAUAAAAUUACAUUAAAAAAACGUAUAGAACAACUCAUACCUGGGACACGGUCACGGAUUUUGACAUUACAGCUUCAAAGCUUCCCCAAUUAUUCAGAAUAAAAAUGUCAGUUUUAGAUUUUAAAGCCGCCAUAUGGGAAAGUGUGUUAUUUUUUAUUUUCAUCGAAGCCAAUUCAAUGAAAACUGUGCUACGAUCAAAAAUAGGUCUGUUUUCAGACACAUGAAGGUAGCAAUAUUUUACAUUACUAAGCUAUUCAAUCUUUUAAACACAUUAAUUUCCUUACUAUUUCUUGAACAGGACCUCACACCUAAUGGUAUGUCACAUGGCGAAGACAAGCGUUUCUUAAUUUCAUAACUGUUAGAUGCCAUUUUUACAGGUGUGUAAUUUUCUUAUUUUAGUUCUAAAACAUAAAGUACUGAUCCAUAUUUACUGGUGAAGCAAACUAAUAAAAAUAACUACCUAUAAAAGUACAUUCUUCCUCUUUUAUUCUUUGCCAAACUAAUUAUUUAGUACAAACCUCUUGAUUCCAUUCUCCCUCCCACAUAAAUCAAACAAUUUCCCCAAAUUACAUUAUUUAAACAGUGUUGUUAUCUUGAGCACUUAGAUGUAAUCCCUCAUUGGUUCCGUAAUCCUGUGCAUUUUGAUCCCAGUUCGGCAAAGUACUUAAGUCUAUCCCUAUCGAGCAAAACCCUUAAGCAACUGCUUAAAGCUAAGCACGUCCAUAACAGCUUUGCUAAAUAGGUAUGGUUUGCUCUAAAAUUGGAUAUGUUAAUUUGACAGUUCGGAUGUUUUGUGUAGCUUUAAAGGCAUUAUCCCUUAUAUAGAGAUUUAUUUUCAUUAGUUUUAAAUUUCAACCAAACAAAAAGGGCACUGUCAUGUUUCAGGACUUGCUGUCAAAAUAUUACAGCAUAUUUUUCACUUAAAUGUAAAACUAUGGGGUUUUUUUUUCCUGUUUCCAAUACACCCUCGCUCGGAUGUAAGCAUCUGGCAGGCAGGCCCACUUCUUUGGUUGAAUUAUUAAUUUGGGUUUCCAGAGGGUUAGAGAGAAGCUAGUGAUUCUGUGCAUUUUCAUACAAAAGGACAUUUCAAGUGAACUUUACGAUAACGUUAAGAGCAGACACUUGGGGCCCAGUCUUCAGUUGGUGCAAAUCAGCAUAGCUUCACUGAUCUGAAUGGAGCUGUGCUACGUUACACAGGCCGAGCAGCUGGCCCUUUAUUUUUAAUGAUGGAAAGAUUUCUUCAUGCGGACAGACCUGCUUCAUCCAGAUUUCUAAGCAUUUGAAAGAUUUCACCAGUGACAACUAUGUCGUUACCUCGAAUUUAUUUGAAUUUAUUUAACCUGAUACUAGUGGUCCAAAAUAGCAGCUGAUACUACACAGCGAUGCAUUAAUACAUUCGUGUUUUCUAUCAGAAAAUCCCAUGUCCAGCACCAAGGAACUGAUUCAAAUAAAAAAUGUCAAGAUGACUCCGAAUAACCCUUCGGUGCUAGUGCUGUGAAGCGCCCAUCAAUAGCUCGCAUUAGGCAGCCCGGCACUCAGGGGUCAGCCAGUCUAAUACACUAAGAGUUCAGAUUGGCUUUCCAAUCACUUCAAUAACAGGAAUCCUUCAAGCACAUUUCAAGUAUUGCUGCCUGCACUGCUUAGGCUGGGGCUGAGAGCCUUCCACGCGAAGUUAAUUUGCCAGUCUGCGCUGGUGCCAGACGCUUCAGUGCACCCAUUGCUGGCAAUGGCCGCUGCCCCGGGAAAUUCCAGCUCUUGGCACAGGAGGACUGAUCGGCUCACGUCGGAAAGAUCUGAGUUCCUGGGGGGAUAUAAUUCAGGUCCUGGCAAGAACAGAAUGGCUUGCAAAUUAACAGAGGUAGUUAGAGAGUUGGAUGUGUUCAGUCCAUUUAGUAAUCAGCUACUCGUCAUUUCAGUAUGGUUUUGGGGAAGGAAGUAGCACAGUGGACGUGGACUGUUUUAAUGAGACACUGCCUGGCUUUUCUCGGGCUGAUUCUUACAUUUGUGCCAUUUUCUUUAAAGUCAAAUGAGAUAUGGGAACAGGGUUGAAUGUUGAUGAAUGUUUUUGAAAUCCAUGACACCGGGCUUAACCCCUGGGGAAAUAACUCAGACUGAUGUCUUGACUUUUCCCUGGCUUUUUUUCUCAUGGGAAUCAAGAAGUGUAUUGCUAUUAUGUUCAACUGUGCACCUGUUUCCCUGGGGCUGCAUGUGACUGAACAUAUGUUAACAGAUCCUUACGCAUAGAGGUCUGCUGAGAUGCUGGCAUUUGUCUGUCUCACCACAGUCAAGUCCCCCACGUGCAGGGCCACACACUGGCACAUCCUUGCUGGCUCCACUCUGCCCCUACACACAUUGUGAUGACAUUUCAAUCGUUAGUACAAUAGAAUUGUGAUGUCUUUCACACCUUGGAAAUUCUCAAAGGAUGUGCAAGUCUGCAAAUUAGGAAGAACUUAAGCAUUGCUUUGCUGUAAACAAUGGUCCUCACCACUUGCGCUCCGGGGGAAAGGGGAGUAAUGGAUUGCAAACGUGUGUGUGUUUCCGGGUGUGUGCGCACAUACGCUUUCUAGAAAAUGUCAUUUCCCCAUGUUUUAUAAGUGUAUUCGGCCAGGAGACCAGGCGAGUGAAGUACAGGGCUUUUAUGAAUUGAGUCCUAGUAAUGACCAAGGAUUUCUGCAAAAGCUGCUGUCUGUUAACAACAUCCAAAAAUCAGGGGCAUUCUCCGCCUAAAGCCCCGAUCCUUCAGACACUUACUUACACGUUAAACUUUACACGUGUGAGGAGUUCUGUUAAAGUCAGUGGCACUACUCACACGUGUACAGUUAAACACAUUGAACAAGUGUUUGCAGGACCCAGGGCUAAAGAACUUUCAUUCUAAAGCAGCAUUUGUCCUUGGCAUUUCAGAAUGUCUGUUUCUAAAUAUGAAUUUUGGAAACAAAAAAAGGCUAAAGUUUAUUCUUUGUGUUUGAUUCUGAUCUUUUAGUCCUCUCCUGUGGAUCCAUUCUGUGUAACUGGGUUUAUUUACUGGAUCAGCAAGGUUUCAAUCCUUCUUCAAAUAUCUGAUUGUUUGAAUCGCUUCGGCCCAGAGUGAUCUAUUGGAACACUAGAAAAACCACCUUUUUAAUGACACAGCACAACUGCCUUGUUGUUCAUCCUUUUCUGUUUUUUUAAACAGAUGCAUUUUAUUUAAAAGUUAAAAUACAGAUAGCAGUUUCUACCAAAGAUACCUAUUACUAAUUCUCAGACAAAAAAAAAAAUUAGUAAUUUAAAGAAAAAAUAAUAAAAUGUAGGAGUCUAAAAUAUUUAGCAGUCAUGCUCUCAAAUUCAUUCUCUUCUGCCAUCAACUCCUGUGUUCUGAAGUUUAUGUUCAAAUGGUGCCAGUGAAUUUUUAUAUGAAGGCAAAAAAGGCGUAAUUGUUAGUCCACUGCAUUGCUUUUAUUUCCCCUACUUUCUCUCUUUGUUGCCAUUCUAACAAUGUAAACGACAUUGGCUUUGCUUAUCUAAGGAGAAGGCACACAAAAUGGAGAGAGGAAGAGAAGGAACUGUACUGAAGAGAUUUGGCCUCUACUUUAUCUUUGCUGUUAAACUGUUUUUAGUAUUUUUGUUAAAUAUUUGCAAAGGGAAGCAUUUUCUACAGAAGAUAAUUAAUUUCAAGAAAAAUGUCUUGAGUUUUAAGAAUAAACAUGUCUCCAAAAGAGGAGAUAGUCAAUUUUAUAAAAUGUCACAACUCUCCAACAUUUGGGGUAGUGACUUUUUUGUUUGUUUGUUUUGUUAGAAUGUUUGAAACUAGCAAGCAGCCAUUGUUUCUAAAGAACUAAGCAUUCACGUCUACUCAUAUUUCCUUUUCCUUCAUUUUUAAAUAGCAGAAAUCAUUAAAACUGUAAAUAUUUUGUUGCUUGGGUAAGCAUCUUCUGGGAACUUUGUAUCUAUGGUAUAUAAUCAUAGAAUUUUAUAUUUUCAUAUAAAGCUAAGUUUUUUCUAGUUUCAACUCCUUCAUAGUUUUUUUGUGGUGGACAUGUGAAUACAUACUUUCUGUGUAUUGAAGUAGUGAAACACGAUCAUCACAUUCCAAAAAGAAUUCAACACAUGUUAUUUCUUUGGGGGCAGUGAUUGUGAAAGUUGGAUUUUCUUUCAAUUCCAUUGUCAGUGUGUGCAAUAGGAAUUAGAUUUAGCCAGCCAUUGGAGAAGUUCGUUUCAUUGAUCCAUUGGGGGGAGGUGGGUUGAAACUGGUGUUUGGUUUUGGGAAGUUAUUUUUUGUUUGCUUUUUAUUUUGUUUUUGGUUUUAGGGGUUUUUUGUUUGUUUUGGGGUUUGGUUUUUUUUGUAACUUGAAAACCUCCUUUUUGUUAUGUUUAAAACUAUAUCAAAUCAUUCUAUUAUAGUGUUAUUUAAUAUGUAAAUUGUAUUGCUAUACAUAAAAUAAAGUAUGGUUUUUGAUGUA